AUUAAACAUAUCUAUCUUAUCAUGUUAACUUUGUUCUUAUCUUGUUCGAUUAUAUUAACAUCAAUCCUGUAUUUCCAGUUGACUAACAUAAUUUCUGAGAUUGGUCUGAACAUUGAAGAGGCCCAUGUUUUUUCAACUACUGAUGGUUUCUCCUUGGACGUCUUUGUGGUUGAUGGAUGGCCAUAUGAGGAGACAGAGUUGCUUAAGAGUGAGGUGCAAAAGGAAAUUAUGAGGAGCAAGGAGCAAACACCAUGUAUCCAGCUUGCAAUCCACGAGCAAGGUCAAACAUCUGAAUCAGGUUCUGAAAGUGUAAAAAUACCUAAUGAUGGAUCUGAUGACUGGGAAAUUGAUAUCCGCCUGCUGAAAUUUGAAAACAAAGUUGCAUCUGGGUCAUUUGGAGAUCUGUACAAAGGCACAUACUGUAGCCAGGAAGUGGCUAUAAAAGUUCUCAAGCCAGAACAUUUGAAUAUGGAUAUGGUAAAAGAGUUCUCGCAGGAGGUCUUUAUAAUGAGGAAAAUUCGGCACAAACAUGUUGUUCAAUUUAUAGGGGCAUGCACACGACCUCCGAACCUGUGCAUCGUGACUGAGUUCAUGUCCAGAGGAAGCAUCUAUACUUUUUUGCACAAACAAAGAGGUGCAUUUAAGCUUCCUACUCUCCUGAAGGUUGCAGUUGAUGUUUCUAAGGGAAUGAGUUAUCUGCACCAGAAUAACAUAAUUCAUCGGGAUCUGAAGACUGCUAAUCUUUUGAUGGAUGAACAUGGAGUUGUUAAGGUUGGUGAUUUUGGGGUUGCGAGAGUGCAGGUUCAAACUGGGGUGAUGACUGCAGAAACUGGAACAUAUAGAUGGAUGGCUCCUGAGGUAAUUGAACACAAACCAUAUGACCACAAGGCCGAUGUUUUCAGCUUUGGUGUAGUGCUGUGGGAACUUCUGACUGGAGAAAUUCCAUAUGCGUACUUAACACCAUUACAAGCAGCAAUAGGUGUGGUGCAACAGGGUCUACGGCCAACAAUUCCUAAGGACACUCAUCCAAAGCUUGCUGAACUUCUUGAGAAAUGCUGGCAGCAAGACCCAACUCAAAGACCUGAUUUCUCGGAGAUUUUGGAUAUUCUGCAGCAUCUAACUAGGGAGGUCGGGGGUGAUGGAGAGGACAAACAGAAGGACAAAUCAAUUGGUAGCUUUUUCUCAGCUCUUAGAAAGGGCCAUCACUGAGAUUUUGGUGAAGAGAGGAAGGUGCUUGGCCUUCCGUUUUUGUUUCAGUGAACCGAUUCUCAGAUGACCAGACUUGAUCCGAUUAGUCUUUGAAAAUCAUGGUUUUUAUCCAAUGUUGCUUGGCAUUCAUUUACUAUUCCUAAUUUAGUCAGGGGCGCAAGCUGGUGAGGAAAGCUUUAGCAACUCUGUACAGAAUUCCUGUGAAUUCGCAAAUUCUGAUUGCUAAUCCUUUUUUGUACGUUUCCUAUUGAGAACUUCUAUCUUUUCAACUGGUUCUAGGCACCAUGAUUGCUUCUGAA